UGUUUGCGCGAUUCAAAAGGUGAGGCCCCGCCCACUGCGUGUUAGGUCUGUUUCGUUUCUUCGAUCGUCAGUCGUUCUUCUGUAAAUAAAGCUCUAAUGAUGGGAGCUUCUAAUGGCAAACCUCUGAAAUGUCCUCUGUGUCAUGAGGACUGUCGGGAUCAGGUGACGCUGGGAUGCCGCCACAGCUUCUGUAAGGCUUGUAUCAGGGAGUUAUGGAGCGGAUCCGACACCGGACCGUAUUACUGUCCCGAGUGCAGGUUCGAGUACCAGCAGCUGCCAGACUACACGGACGGAGCGUCGACAUCUACAGCCAGACCAAACAUAAAUUGGUCCUUUGGAAAGAAGUAUCAUAGCCGACACUCGAAGAAAUGGCAUGGGAAGAGGAAGUUCAGUUCGGCAUUCGAUGGGGGUGGAUGGAGACUGGGCACAGCACCAUUUAAUGACACCGUCCGUGGCCCCGAUGUAAUCAACAUCAAUGAUUCUGAUGAAGAAACAUCAGUACCACAGAAAAGAAGGGCCCCAGCAGAUGAACGCCCAUUUGAAAGCCAGUCUCCAUCAAUGGUUUGGGGGACGACCUCUACGAGUGACACAUCAACACAACGCAGUGAACAACACACACCUCCAGAAUCAGAGGAGAUCGAAUCUCCUCAUGCAGAAUCAUCUCCUGAGAGGAACACGAGUUCCUCUCAGCAAGACCAGCAUACUGUAGAUUCCUACGGUGACACAGGCUCACCCAGGACAAGCAGCACACCUCAGGGAGAGAAAGCUCCCUCAAAAGAGCCACCAGCCACCUCUUCCAAAGCCAGUGACUUACCAGCAGUCAACGCCACCUCUCAAUCGCUUGGAAGGCGGGGAAAAGUCAGUGCUUCUAACAGUGAAGAGUCCCUUGGGAUCUCCUCCAUAUCAUCAGAGAGACUUUCCAGGAGCAGCUCUGUGCCCUGCCAUUACUGUCCCAGUUCAGAACAGAAGGUGGCGGUAAAGACCUGUCUGGUUUGCGGGGCCUCCAUGUGCUCCGAACACCUGCGUGCGCACCUGGAGAAGCCGGUGUUCCAGAACCACCCGCUCGUGAACGCUGUGGAGGAUGUGUCUCUCUGGAGAUGCCAAGAGCACCAGGAGAUGAACCGGAUCUACUGUCGAUCAUGUGCAGUGUGUGUUUGUACCGUUUGUUCCCUGGUUGGGUCGCACAAGGGGCACGAGUGCAUCAGCAUCCGCGAGGCCGAGCAGGAGCUCAGAGGUUCACUAAAGGAUGAGAUGCAAAAAAUACAAAAAACAGAAAAGUCCAUUCAGGAAAAACUCUCUGAGCUCAGUGAGAAAAAACGUGGUGUCCAGGUAAGUACGGGACUGGAGGACGCGCGGGCGGCUGUUUUGCAGCAGUAUCAGGUCAUGCGGGAGGCUCUGGAGCAAGAGGAGGGGCAGGCAUUACGCUGUGUAGCCCAGGAAGAGCACAGGGUGCUGGGAAGCAUUGAAAAGCAGCUGGACGCAUUACAGGGCACCUUGACAUCUAGCCAGACUGUAUUAAACACCUUGCAGGGAAUGACCAAUGCUGAAGGGACGUCACAGUACCAGGACCAGGCCUUCAUCAUGGAAUACAGCAAAAUAGCAGGACAACUGACUGCGCUGCCCGACCCUGUGCAAAACCUCCAGCCUCCUCAGGAGAUAAACCAAGACCGACUGGACUGUCUUCAUGACUGGACCGAGAGGAGACUGGAGACUGUGCUCAUAUCACUGCCUCACCGAGACCCUUUCAGACUGCUGUAUGGGAUAAGCCCAACUCUGGAUCCUGAUACUGCCCAUCCAAAGCUGCUGCUGUCUGAUGAAAACCGGACGGUGCAGUACAGCGAGACCCAGCAGGACUACACCGAGCAGGAGACGCGCUUCAACAUUUUCCCCCAGGUGCUGGGCUCUCAUGCCAUAGACGGGGGCUGCUGCUACUGGGAAGUGGCGGUCUCUCUGGAUGAGGGCCGCUGGAAGGUGGGCGUCUGUGAUGGACAGAUAGGCAGAAAGGGGCAAAAGGACGCCUGCCGUAUUGGCUUCUACCCCAAUUCUUGGUGUCUAAUUUAUGAGAAGGGAAAGGUGGAAGCUCUACACGAUAAAGUGGCUUCACCUGUGUGUGCCGCUGAACUUUGUAAGGUCGGAGUGCUGCUGGAUUUUAAUGAAGGUCGCUUGUCUUUUUAUAGCGUGGCCAGGGAAGGAGCUCUUUCUUUGCUGUACAGUUUCGAGCAGAAGUUCACUGAGCCCUUGUAUCCGGCGCUGGCUGUUUCUAAAACUCAGCUCAGCGUCUGCGAUAUAUUUACAAAGACCACGGCAGACUAGAUUGUUUGCGCUUUUAUGACACUUUUUAUUAUAUUAAAGGCAUAGUUCAACCAAAAAUGAAAAUUAUCCCAUGAUUUACUCACCCUCAAGCUAUCCUAUGAGGUAUAUCUUCUUUCAGACGAACACAAUCGGAAAUAUAUUAAAAAAA